ACAUCACAUGAUCAGCUGAUGACUUCCCCUCUCUCUUGAUGGGUAUAGGAUUUUCAUCCUUCGCUCUUCCCAUUCACAAGACUGAAGGAUCGAUAUCCUUCUACCCUUUAUUCAUUAGCUAGUAUUUGUAGAAUAAUUAGAUUGUACAUACGAUCUUGUAUAUAAUAAGUCAGCGAAAGUGGCGCUUUUAUUGGACUGCAUUAUGAACGGACACGCUAUUCUCUACACCGGGGUCACUUUGGCCUUCUGGAGUACAAUUCUCAUCGUAGGAAUAUGUUACACAAUAUUUGACCUGGGAUUUCGCUUUGAUGUUGCAUGGUUUUUGACCGAAACCUCUCCGUUUAUGUGGGCAAGCCUUGGGAUUGGCUUGGCCAUAUCUCUCUCUGUCGUUGGGGCAGCCUGGGGCAUUUACAUUACUGGAUCCAGCAUCAUUGGUGGUGGUGUUAAGGCCCCUAGAAUAAAAACCAAGAAUCUUGUCAGCAUCAUUUUCUGUGAAGCUGUUGCCAUUUAUGGAAUUAUUAUGGCUAUUGUCAUUAGCAACAUGGCAGAGAACUUCAGUGGCACCACACCAGAGACCAUUGGAGCAAGGAACUACCAAGCAGGUUACUCAAUGUUUGGUGCUGGUCUUACUGUCGGUUUCUCAAACCUCUUCUGUGGCAUCUGUGUUGGCAUCGUUGGAAGCGGGGCUGCCUUGGCAGAUGCUCAGAAUGGCAGUCUCUUUGUCAAAAUCCUCAUUGUGGAAAUCUUCGGCAGUGCCAUCGGUCUUUUUGGAGUCAUUGUGGCCAUCUUGCAGACAUCAAAAGUAAAAAUGGGAGACUAGACACAAGGUGAUUGGGAGGUCCCAAGGAAGACAGAAGCUGCAGAGGUGCAAAAGAUGGAAUGUGUAAAUACAUAGUACAUUAUUUAAAUGUUAUUUUUCUUCUCUUUGUGAUUUAUUUUUGUUUGUACAUUUUUAACCAUCAUUUGCUGAAGAGUGAUAUGUUUGCGUCUAAUUGUCUUGAAAGAGUGCAACAUCUGGGUAAUCUACUGGUCCUAGGGACAGAAUCCAUUUCCAAAUCUGAACCAAUGAAUUAAUUGACUGCAAAGAAAUAACCAUCCUCUAUGUGUAAGAUUAAUAUGGCAAGAUAUUAAAGGGGUGAAAAUUGCUAUAUAUUUUUAAUGUGAGAACUACUUGAAAUAAACACUCAGUCUGCAUGAUCUUUCAUUUGAAAG